GACUCCACGCAACCCAAUCCAGUAAUCCUUCCCCUCCGCUCGGCCGGCCCCUCGCCUGUCGGCUGUCGCCGCCUCUCCGUCCGACCGCCCCAUCCUUCUUUCCCUUCCGCCUCCGCGUCCCCAAUCCUCCGCCGCCGCCGUUGGUCUCCACAGUUUUGGCUCUAAGCUAUUGUGGGAUUCAAGAAGUACGGCAACAUGAGCUACUACCAAGCUACAAUGAACAAGCCUCACAGUACACUCACUGCCUACAGGCCAGUAGCUGGUCUUGGAAGGACCCACGAGCUGCUUGGUCGACAUUCUAUGUGCCUACAUUCUACCAGAUCUUGCAAGCUGCAACAGAAACUGUAUCCGAGGCUUGUUCUUGUUUCCGCUUGCCAUAAAAGGCUUGGUCCUGUAUAUGCCUCGAGUGGAAAAGAGAACUCUCAGCUUGUCAAUGACCCUUUCUCAAUGGAAUCUUUGAACAAAGCUAUGGCUCAAGCAAAAAGACCAAGGUCCUUGCAAGACUUGCUGAGAGAGCAGAUGGCUAAGCUUCGAGGGCAAGGAUCUGGUGGAAAUGGAGGAAACAAAAACCGAUAUGGAGGUAGUGGUGGUGGUUCUGACGGCCCAGAGGAUGAAUCUUUCAAGGAUUCAUUAUAUGAGAUGAUCCAGAUUCUGAUAGCAACUAUUGCCUUCAUAAUUGUGUAUAUCCACAUAAUAAGAGGGGAGGAGUUAUACCGCCUUGCUAGGGACUACACCAGGUAUCUAGUCACUGGUAAGAGAACAGCUCGACUGAAACGUGCCAUGCUGAACUGGCGUGAGUUUUCUGAGAGCAUCACCAAGAAGAAUGGCGCACAAGAAGACUACUACGGAAGAUCAGAUUCUUCUGAAUCCACAUGGUGGCAGCAGCCUCAACAGCUUGCACGUCGUUUGGAGGAGCUCUUCAGAGGCUAUUUGCGCCCUCACGCCCAGGAGUCGUAGCUCUGGUGCCACACUGUUUUGUCGGCCUCUGAAAAAAUUCUGGUUGUGGUAAUGUAUAGAUGACUAAGAUGAGUAGCUGCUUGAAUGGAGGAGCGCAGUACGUGAAUGCAGCUUACGUGAAUGGAGUAGACGACCUGCUGCCGUUGGUCGUUCUCGCCUACUGUUGUGGAAUACAUUCUCUGUCCGAGGUUAGUGUAAUAGCCUGUUAGGUUCAGAACGGAAAGGAUGGGGCAGUUCCUGUUUGGUUUUUGUAGUGCUAGUACUUUUCGAGACCCGGCUGUUGUGAUGGUCCGCCGGUCAAUGGUAUGCUGGUGGCAAACUUGAAUGCUGCAUCUGACGAACCAUAACUGCGUGUGACGCACAAGUGCCAAAAGAUAUUGCAAUCGCUGCUGCGAAGCAUAUCAAACUUUUGCAUGAUGCAUCUGUCUGUAUUGGUUUCAUUUUACUGUCGAAUGGCACUUCACUUCA